AUGGAGAAACAUGACUUACUUUUCAUCGCCGAUGCAACAGGGUCUAUGAGCUGCUAUCUACGCUCGCUGGCCACAUCCCUCCCGGAAAUCAUCUCCAUUUCUGCCCUUACAGGAUGUUUUUCUCGAAUCGGAGUCCUGGCAUAUCGUGACUACGGUGGCGAAAUUCUUCUUGAAUGGUCGGGCUGGUUGGAGCAAAAUCAACAAGCGGCUGUGCAAGAGAAACAGCCAGAUCUGGUCUGCUUUGCUAAAAGACUUCAAGCCGACGGAGGAGGCGACUACCCCGAAGCUGUGAAGACAGCUCUCGCAAAGGCCUGCCAGAUCAUGCGCGAAGAUGCAGAGACAUUGAUCUUUUUAUAUACCGAUGCGCCCCCUCAUCCAAAUUCCGGUAACCUCUUCGGUACAGAUAACGCCUCGAGGGAAAAAGCUGCGCUGUUUGAACGGGGCUCUUACUCCAGAUACGGCUUCUCUUGUAUUGAUUGGAUUUCAGCAACCAAUAACUUCCGAAAUGGGCCGAAAAAGGCACAGGUAUUCGCUAUUCUCGAUCGCAAUAUGAUACCGGGUGAUGCUGCCUGGUACGGCUAUCUGGCAACCCGGACUGGCGGAACCUGCGUUCACAUUAAGAGCUUUCAUUCAGACAUUAUAUCCAAAGUGACCGUUGAUCUACUUUUGGCAUGGAUGGAAGUAGAAAAGCCUCUUGCUGCCACUACUAAAGAGGAUUCUGUUGAUCUUCCUGCGGAAUUGACCCGCUACAUCUCAAUCGAUGGCAUCGACAACAUCAAAAAUGAAAAAGACCCCAACGCAGAGUUAUUUUUCUCAUACACUCUAUCAACAAAGGCGCCCUGCGAGGAGAAUAUCACAAAGUGCAAGCUGACGGCGGAGGUAAUAAAGGAGCAUGUUCCCAAGAAGACUACUCCUGUCAAGGAUUUUGCAGGGCGCUGGAAGACAGAUGAUCAGUACAAGGAGCUUGUUUUCAAGCAUUUGAUGAAGAUAAUUGAAGACCACGUCGAAGCAAUGACCCUCAAUCCUGUGUUUGGAACUAUGUGGCGAGCCAUUUGCAGCGAUAGAGAAUAUGCUCGCCGCGAUGAGAUCGUCCUCGCCUUCAACCACAGCUUGGACAACAUGGAUAAAGCAAACGAGCGUGAAAAGAUGAAAUCGUGGCUCGAGGAAUCUUACGACUUUGCCGGAGAGAUUGCUUCCAUUAUUGACAGUGUCUCUGACGCAGAAAGGUACCCUUGCGUCUUUCUAGACCCAACUCUGAGCUUCUCUCAUGCAGAAUCUGGCACAGAAUGUGGAAAGGAUCAUUUUGUUUCCGAGCUGACCCGAGCUGACCUUUUGGAGAUUGGUCGAAGCUGCAACCCAGCUACUCUAAAGCGCCUGGGAAGCAUUCUAACGCAACUCACCAUCGUAGAGAGGGAGAGCGAUAUGCCCAAGCAUAUCUCUCAUACCACCACAAAGGAUUUGGCCAAAAUCCCUUUAGCAUUGGCAUCAGAAAAAUACAAAAGGCAAUUCUGGAAGGUCCUCUUCCACCUAAUCAAGCCUGGAACGAAGCUAUCUGCGCGACCCGCCGCUUUGGUUGCUGCUCUCAGUCUUCGUAUGGGAGUAAAACCACUUUCAGAAGCAGCCGAGCAAGAAAUGAUUGGUUUUAAAGAUAAGUGGAACGAUUUGUCAACGCCCGAGACAUGGAGCAUGGGAUGUUUGACACUUCUCAUUGACGCCGAUGAAGCGCACUGGAAGCAACAAACUCGGAAGCAAAGUGGAGAACAAUUCAGGCUGUUGAGCUCUUCUGAUAGAACAUUGUUUGAGCGCCUUGUUUCCUUCAAGCUCCUUGAGCUAAAUCUCAACACUCCGCUAGCAGCCCACGUUGCAUGGACUCCGCAAAAAUCAAGCGCAUCAGUCGGCCCAUUGGUGACCUGUCGAAGCUGUCAAUAUCCUCGAUCAGUCACCAUAAUGGGAAAGGAUGGAAAUUGUGGUCUCUGUCUUGUUCCAACGUAUGUCAAUGAAAACGUCAAGGAAGUCCGACUGACUACAGGGGUUUCGAAAGACGUCUCUGCCGCCUCCAAAGCCACUUGGGUUGAGUGUUCCUCUCGAACUUGUAGGGCCCAAUAUAUCGUUUACAACGUUACUGCACUGAACGUUCCUCCAAAAUGUCAUUUCUGUCGAAGUGGAGACGAAGGUCCUGCACCUACCGUCAAGUGCAAUAGGUGCUUGAAUCGCAUGAUUUGGCCUCAAGAAUACAGAGACUUGUCAGUUCUCGAGUCAGAGUUUGUUUGUCCACCCUGCACAUCAGGAUGUGGUCCAACCACAGAAGUUGAAGUGACAGCAAACGCACUUGCGGGGGAGAACACUUUUUCCUGGCUGGUCCAGGAUGCGAGCAGCUCCCACGAAAUGCUGUUCCAGAACAAAUCUGUCUACCAAGCCAUUUCUAACAUCGGCGUUGAACACUUCGUUUCCAAAAUCACGCUCUUCCCAGUUGCCGAAGCUGAAUUGGUUCUGAAAGGAAAAUCUAUCCAUAACACAACCGAUCUGAUCUCAAGACUUCGAAGAAUAGUCGCAAAUCGCCAGACCAGCAAGACAGACUGCUCGCUUUGCUUCUCGUCAUUCCCGCACGGUACAUUAGCUGAGGCCUGCGGCCGCCAUGGCUGUCUCCAGCGCAUCUGCACUUCGUGCUUGUCAGGAUGGUAUGGACUCAAUUCGGCGGGUAGUGUAAUCAACACUGCUGCACUAGGAUGUCCCUUCUGUCGUCGGUACCCAGCCUCUCGUACGCUGGCGAAAUAUGGAUUGGGGAUCCAUGCAGUUAAGGAUCUAGCUCAUGCUGUCCGUGAUAAGGGCAUGUUGAUCUAUGCAUGGUGUCGAGAAUGUCAUACUGCUAAGGUAUUGAUGGAGCGGAGCUGUGCGCGUGGAGCGCCUCCAGAUCUGAAAGAUUGGGUCUGUGAUGGGUGUGUUGAGGAGCAGGAGGCCCAGGAGAUGCGGAGGCUUGAAAUUUUGAGGGUGCUAGCGGAGCAAGAGCUAGAAGAUGCCAGGAUGGCUGGAGUGGGGUUAGAGGAGGCGGUGCGGAGGCGGGCGCUUGCAGAGUUGGAAGGUGAGCAGCGCAAAUUCAAGAGCAUCAAACCAUGUCCCAAGUGUGGAACCAUGACUAUGAAGACCUUUGGCUGUGGCCAUAUGAAGUGCUCUGUGGUACGCUGUGGUGUUGAUUGGUGCUAUUUCUGUGGGGGUGCGUUUGAUGAUGAUCGAAUUUACGGGCAUAUGAACGAAGUCCAUGGUGGGAUGUUUGGUGGUGAAAUUGAGGAGUUUGAUGAUGAGGACGAUCAGAUGGAAGAAGAUGACUGA